GUCAUAACUAUUGUAUAUUUGUUUUGACAUAUAGUAAACCUGUUUUUAUUCAUAUUUUUUAACAUUUUAAUUGAAUUAUAUUAUACUUUAAUAUUUACUAUUUUUAAUGGAAACAGACGAAGAAAAAAUGUAUCCCGCCAAUUUAGACAACGUUUUAAUUAAACAAGAAGUAGUUGAUGAAUUUUCGGAAGGCCAAACGAACUGCCAAUCCGAAGUUCAGCCUUUACUUUUAAAAAUAACAAACAUUAAAUCAGAAGUUGAAGGCAUCGAUGUAUACCUUGAUCAAAGAAAUUAUACCAAUGUAGCUAGAGCUGAAGAUAUGUAUGUACAUCCUAAGGAUCUUACACAGAUCAAAGAAGAAAUUGAUAUUAAACCAAAAGUAGAACUUUUAACCCAAGAAUUUGAUGUAUCACAUCUUAAAUAUGAAGAAAAUAUUUUGAAUUACUUGGAUCAACCAUGCAGCAGUAAAAAAACACGAAUAAAACGUUUUAAAGAAUACAAAAAAACGAACAAAAAAGUUUCUAAAAUAAAGAAGAAAUAUCCUUGUUUGGUAUGCAGAAAAUAUUUUGGUUCAUCUAAAACUACAAAUCGUCACCUCACCCUUCACUUUAAGAUAGGACUUGUAUCCUGCUCGUUCUGCGGAAAAUACUUUAUGAGCAAAAUCGAAUUCCUACAACAUUAUUUUGUACAUAUAAUAAAUUUUAAGAAAAUCCACCACAGAAAAUCAACUGAAGAACAUGUGAAUGGUCUAAAAGAACCAAAAGGAAAUUUGUUCAAAUGUGCCUUGUGCCCCAGUACGUUUAAAGGAAAAUACAGUUUGAAAUAUCACAUACUGUUCAAACAUCUUGGUAUUAAACCUUACAAAUGUGCGUUCUGCCCGAAACGUUUUGGACAUAGGUCUUAUUUGAAGGGCCACGUCAUUAUGCAUACCGGUGAAAAACCAUACCAUUGUUAUCUUUGUUCAAGAUCUUUUGCUAAGAAUCAAUAUUUAAAAUAUCAUUUGAAGACCCAUGCGAAAGAGAAAAAAUUCGAAUGCGAAUUUUGUUUGAAACGAUUUUCGCAAAAAGCAAGUUUGAUAGACCACCGAAGAAUCCAUACUGGCGAAAAACCGUACCUUUGCGACGUUUGUUCGAAAGCUUUUUCCCGAAAACACGAACUACGACGACACAGUCUCGUCCAUACAGGCAUACAACCUUACAAAUGCGACAUUUGUCUCAGGGCUUUCAAAAAACGAGAUAAUCUGAAAUUACACAUGCUCAAUCAUACAGGAGAAAAACCUUUCAAAUGCGAAACUUGUCACAAAGAAUUCAAAGCGAAACAUAACUUGAAAAUUCACAUUAGAGUCCACACCGGGGAAAGACCGUUCGAAUGCAAAUUUUGUUCUAAAUGUUUCAAAGUUAAACCGACCUUAAAUCAACAUAUAAAAUCGCAUCACGAGACUGCGAAGCCGUUCAAAUGCGAAAUUUGCUUUAAAGAUUUCACACGACGCGGAAGUUUGACUUCACACAACCGAACACACACUAAAGAAAAGAGAUACAAGUGCGAAUUGUGUAAUACCGGGUAUGCCGCGAAAAUUACUUUAAGAAAACACAACAAUCUCGUACACCCCUCUUUAACUAGGUCCGAAUAUCCUUUCGAUCAUUUUAUUACUGAAAAUUUAACUUUUAAAUGAAUUUAUUCAAUAAUAUAUAAGGGAACUGAAGGUAAAAUAGUAUAUUUAAGGAAAAAAACUCAUGGUAAUAUCUUUAUUUUAGCAACUUUUUAUGGAAUAUAAUUAUUAGUAAUCAGUCUACAUUUUUUUAUAGACCAUUCGUAGCCUCUAAAUAUAAAUUCCUAGAAGGAGGUGAGCUUAAUCUGAUUUAUGUAGAACUGUACAUCAGAAUGAGAUAGAGAUUAUGUUUUCUGUAUACUGAUAGAUAAACUUACCUCCGCCGAUGCUCCAAUUCAAGGUCUGAUAUCCGAAGCUGAUAGUCUGAUAUCAAAUAUGUAAUGUUGCUUAUCACUAGCUGGUGUUUCAGAGAGCGCUAUUGUUGACAAACAAAAAAUAUGCUGCUAAAUUCAAUUUUUGUAUCAAAAAAACAUUCAAGAUUUUAUUCCAUUCCAAAUUAUUUAACAUUUUUAAUAAAUUUAUAAUUUAUUGUACCACUAUGAAACUGUGUCAACAAUACCUAUGAUUUACUAAUAGUCGAUGUUUUAUACUUCUUCUUUUUCUUUAGCCGGCGCUACAGUCCUUUGAGUACCAGGGCGCUCUCAACAAUCAACUGCGAAUUCUUUCUAUCCUGGGCAACCUCGAACCCCUAGCUGGAUCAGAUUUGCCUCAAAGUCCUCCAACCAGCGAAGGCGCGGUCAUCCUCUUAAUCGCCGACCUCCAGGAACUCUAUACAUGAAUCUGUGCGGAUAUCAAUCAGAACCACGUGUCCCAGACGCGCCCUUCGCAUGAACGCCACCAAAUCUAGCUCGUCAUACAUCUGUCUCAGCUCAGCAUUCCUCCGGAUCCUCCGCUUACGGUUUUCGAAAACAGGGCCAAACAUCGUCGUCAAAGUCCAUGUCUCGCAUCCGUAUGUGGCUACGGGACGGAUUAUUAUCUUGUAAAUUGUUAAUUCACUUGAUCUUUUUUUUAACCGGCGCUACGGUCCUUUGAGAAGCUGAUAACUGAAGAAGAACCUUUCCAGAUGCAUCAUCUCAUUAACUAAGAUGAACCUUUCAAGGUAUGUGCCCUGAGAACAUUUCCAGCUACAUCCUCACGGAAUUUAUGCACCCUUUGCCUUUUAAAGAAACAUUAUCACAACCCCUUCUGGAAAUCUCGUUGCCAUUGAUGUGUAGCUUCCAUUUUCAACAUACCUUAUAGGAACCCCAAACGCCAAUUCACCACUAAAUUGAUCUAAAGUAGUAAUACUGUACAAAUAAUUUAACAUGAUGACAUCUUAUACUUUGAAUACUGCUUCAUUCAAUCUCAAUUUGUACAUACUGUCUUUUAUGGCUUUCUUUGAGCUUAAUCAUCAAUAAUUCACUUGAUAUCUAGGUUCUUCUUCUUUAACUUUGAUAACCAGGGCUUUCUCUACAAUCGACUGCCAAUUCUUCCUGUCCUUAGCAUGGUGCUUCCAACAUCGAACCACUAGCAGGAUCAGGUCCGCCUUAACGUCCUAUUAUAUCAUUGAACUGUGUUAUUUCAGAAAAGUCGUUAUUUGUAGAUAUGAUCAUAGUACCUCCAUGAGAUAAAUUAGUUCUAUUGAAUCUGGUAUAGUUUUUGACAAGAACAGGCUCAUUUUUAUUAAGCUAAUGGCAACAAUCUCUAGAAAAUUAAUCUCCUCUAGAAAAAGAUUCAGUUCAUCUGUUUUGUGCCUUAGGAAUCGAAUAUUAAUAAGAAACGGGCCGAGCAUGCUAUCGUUCAGUCUUUCAGAAGUUGCUUGCUUCUCUGAUCGCGUCAUUUUAACUAAAAAUUUUUAGUUUUACCUGAAAUAAUAUUUGCUAUAGUUUUUCCUCAUUUUUUGAAGCUGUGGACGUUUCUCCGUUAAAAAGAAAGACCUGAAGGCGGAUAGAUCUGCUUCAACUUCGGCUGAAUCAAUACUAUACGCGUUGUGGAAGAAUAAAACUCGCGCAAGGAAUCCACGUCGUUAGGGAGUCCCUCUGAUACUAGCCUUAGUUUCACGCUGGUAUUCGUGUGCCCUUCGAAGCACACGCUGGAUAAUUGGUCGAGGAGAUAGGCGAGGUAUAGUCUGCUUUAAGUAUUGUGGAAUCCCUCAGCCUUGCCAAUACAUAGCGUCCAUUUGCCGCAUCCGAAUCUCGCGAUAGCCGCACUAUAGGUGGAGUCAUCGAAUCCAUAUGCGAGUAAUCAUCUCUUUUCGCAUUUUAUUAUUAUAUAUUAGACCUUUCUAUCUCCUGGGACUUACAGAAGCUAUAGGUAGCUUCUGUAAAAAUAUUAAACGGAUUGCAGUGAAAAAUAUAGGGCCAGAAUUAGUCCAAAUCUGACAACAAGGAUAUGUUAGUCCAGGAGGAAUCUGAAAAUUAUUCCACCUCAAUUUUUUAUGCGAUCCUCUUCAAUUUGCCCUUCUGAUGAUAAACCGAAACUGUUUAAACAAUUGCAAGGAAUUGUUAUUUUUCAACCAGACAAUUUUUUUAUAUUCUUCAUUGAAAUAGUUAUUUGUAUGCCAAGGACUAAAAGUGCAACUUUGUUGGACGAGUCUGAAAAUUGAGCAACAGUCGAGUCCAACAAAGUAGUAUUUCAGCCGCGGCGUACACAACAUUUUUUACACGACGAUAAGAUCCAAAACUUUUUCAAUUACACUGAGGAAAGAAAAUAAAUAAUAUGGAGAAUUAUAAACAUUUUAUUUAUUGAACAAUAUAAUUUACUUAAUGAUA